AUGAGUCGUCUUGCACCAUUGUCAGAAGAACCCAUAAGCGAAGAUGAAGAGUACAACACAAGCUGUUCGAAGAAGAAGGGUCACUCAUGGAAAAACUGGCUCAAGACUCAUUUCUAUCUUGUUUUCAACAAAAAAUCUGACCUUAAAGUUCUUUUAAGUGUUCUUGGUUGCCCUCUUUUUCCUGUCUCCAUCCAUUCUAAAUUACCCAUCAAUGAGGUUUCCUCCUCGGCUCAAUACAUUAUACAACACUUCACUGCGGCAACCGGUUGCCGAAAAUUACAAGGAGAAGUGAAAAAUAUUUUUGCUACAGGAAAAGUUACAAUGGCCAUGGUUGAUGAGCUUGGUGGCUCAGCUAUGGCUGGAGCCAAUACAGUUGCGCAGAAGGGGUGCUUUGUAAUGUGGCAAAUGGCCCCUAACAAGUGGUUAAUUGAGCUGGUUGUUGAUGGUCAUAAAGUUGUAGCUGGCAGUGAUGGCAAUGUGGCUUGGCGUCACACUCCUUGGCUUGGCUCUCAUGCAGCUAAAGGUGGAGUUCGGCCUCUACGCCGAGCUCUUCAGGGACUAGAUCCUAUGGCAAUAUCAGCUGUAUUCUCUCCAGCGCAAUACAUGGGAGAGAAGUGUAUCUCAGGCACAGAUUGUUUCGUACUGAAAUUGUCUGCUGAUCAAGCAGACCUAGCUGAUCGAAGCGAUAGCACAGCAGAGAUGAUCAAACAUGUAAUAUUCGGCUACUUUAGCCAAAGAAGUGGUCUACUGGUGUAUCUAGAAGACUCCUACUUAACCAGAAUUCAAUCUCCAGGAGCCUACCCCACAUACUGGGAAACCACAAUGGCAACAAAAAUCGAAGACUAUAGGACAGUGGAGGGCGUGAUGAUAGCACACGGUGGUCAAUCAAGUGUAAUGAUAUCAAGGUUUGGGGACAACUUGAAGGCAGGUCUUUCGAUCACUCGAAUGGAGGAGACGUGGACAAUCGAUGAUCUUGCAUUUAAUGUAGCUGGACUCUCUAUGGACUGCUUCAUCCCUCCUAAAGAGGUGCAAAAGGACUAUCCGGAGGAGAAUCUUGAUUGGAGGUCACCAUUGCAUCGAUGA